CAAAAACUAUAUCAGGAUUUGUAAUCAGUCAUAGAAAACGAAUAACGUAAACAAAGCAGUAACAGAAUUUUAAUAAACUUGGAAUCACUGCGCUCUUAAAAGUGCUCAAUGGAGAACCGCGUAUGCAACUGUCACAAUAACAAUAACAACAACAAAGACAACAUCAACAGAAACAACAAAAUCAUCAACAUCAACAGUAAUAACAUCAGCGAUCAUAGUAAUAUCAGCGAAAAUAACAAUCAGGUCGACGAAAUUAAUGACACUGCUACAGAGGUGAGCGUGAGGGAGGCCAGAGAGCCGCUGGGUCAGUUGAGCAAUUGCAAAAGCUGCAGCGGCACCAUGGUUAAGAAACGACAGACCGACGCACAACAGGACGGCAGCAGCUGGACAGACUCGGGCGAGGAGGAGCUUGUGAAUGGACAUGCUGGCGCCGGAAGCAGUGCCACAAGUUGCCAACACAUCAAGAAGGCGGUAGAUCCGACGCGUUUGCGGCGCCAUUUGAAGUCCACGGGAUUGCUCUACGAUUGCCAGAUGUGCCAGAAACUUAAUCCGCCCAAUGAUAGUGGCGCCGACUCAACUGUCUGUGAAUACGACAACACCCUCUGGUUGUGCCUCAAAUGCGGCACGCAGCUGUGCAGCCGCGAACGCAACAAGCACGCGUUGCUGCACUAUCAGACUCCGCACUCUGACUCACAUGCGCUGGCUUUAAAUACGCGCUCAUUUAAGAUCUGGUGCUAUGAUUGCGGCACCGAGGUGUCUGCUAACUCUCGUAAGAAUCUGCUCGAUUGUGUGGAACUGGUGAAGCGUCUGGCACAGAAACCGCUCGCAACCGUAGCCGACGUACAGUACAAAAUACUAUCAACUUUAGAUCAGAUUAAUCCAAUUGUGCCGAUGACUGGCGGCAAACAGAUAAUGACCACGGCCAAUGAAGGCAAUGCGGCCAUACCGUUGCCGCCUCCAACGCCACCACCAGCCAGCUCAACUGGCACAGUGCCGGGCAUGGCCAAACGUGUGCUGGAUAAGCGUGUCAUUUAUCAGACGGCGACUGGUCUACCGGCUACUCCAUCACUGGGCAGUCCGGAACUGGAUCGUUUGCCACGCGUCCGUGGUCUAACAAACUUGGGCAAUACGUGCUUCUUUAAUGCCGUUAUGCAGUGUCUGGCGCAAACACCAUUUCUUCUGGAUGUACUCAAGGAGCUGGCAGAACCAGGAGAGCAAUUUGUAUUGCCCGGUGGCACUUUUAAUUUCAAGGAUAAGGGUGAUAUUGAGCUGCCAAUUAUAAAGGGCACGCUCUCCUCGUGGGGCAAUCUCACCGCUGCCCUCGCCAAUGCACUAGAGGAACUGCAGUCCGGUGGCAGUGUGUUUACGCCCAGCAAACUCUUUGAUAAACUGUGUGCUAAAUGUCCACAGUUUACUGGCGGUGAUCAGCACGAUGCACACGAGCUGCUGCGCCAGUUGCUGGAGAGCGUACGCUCUGAGGAUUUGAAGCGUUAUCAGCGCGUCAUUUUGCAAAAUCUAGGAUACAAGGAUCAGGAUAUUAACAGCGUGUCUGAGGAGUUGCGCCAGAAAUGCAAGAUCUAUGGCAAUCAGGCAGCCGAUCGCAUACUGCGCCCGGAGCAAGUGUUUCGCGGCUUCCUGGUCUCGACGCUCAAAUGCCAAGACUGCUUUAACAUUUCUUCACGCCACGAGUACUUUCUGGACAUGUCGUUGCCCGUGGCUGUCGAAAAGCCGCAACCCCCGCAGCGCCGCAGAACUAGUCCCGAGACCUCGCCUUCCUCCGCUCACAACAACAGCAUUCUCAACCCGAAGCUCUGCAACGGCGAGGUGGAUAUGGGUUUGACAUCGUCUCCGUUUUAUCUGCAUGCUGAUGGACAGGAAUCAUUGGGACUAUCCAAGGCACAGGUGAAGAAGGAGAAGGAGCGCGAGCGGAAGGCCAAGCGUGCCGCCAAGCACCAGCGCACCAAACAAGCCCAAAAGCUCUCGCUCAAACUAAACAUCACUGACGAGACAAACGGUGGUGGUUGUGGCGGCGGUGGUGGCUGCGGCGGCGGAGGAGGAGGAGAUGAUAUCGAUGGCGACCAACAGCCCGGGAGUGGGGAUAGCCAUGGACAAGCACAGCCUACGUCUGCGGAUACCGAUAGCGAGAAGACGCGCUCCGCUCCCUGGGGCGAGGGUCCACGUGCUAAAUCACUUUCCCAGAGUGCAACGACAUCCGAGCACUCUGAUGCCGAUGUUGAGGACAAUCUAGUUGACGAUACAGCAGCCGGAAGCAAUGCCAAGUUCUACACAGACAGCAAUGGUAAUUCGCAGCCGGUCAGCGAAAAACGCGACGAUACGCCCGAGCACAUGGACAAGGAUUCGCUGGAGGAAGACGAGAAUGACUCAGGCAUAGCCACCAGUCCGGCACCCACCACAACCACCAACAGCGCUGCCAGUACCACCAGCACCACCAGCAAUAGCAACAAUAGCAAUAAUAAUAAUAACGGAGUCUGCAAUGGUACGAAUAAGAAUGCACCAACAGAAAUAGACAGCGCGGCAGCUAGCUUGGUAAACGCCAGCUUGAGCGAAGAGGGCGCCUCUAUAAUACGGCAAUUCUCAUCGGGGCAGUUGCAGCUGCAGAUGGAGCAGCUGAGACUUCGCGAACAGGCCAAGAGUGCGGCGCCCACAAAACGAGUGCGCACCCAAAGCUACUCGGACUGGAGCACUACGAUUGCGCCUCGAUAUCAAUGCGAGGUGGGUGAGUGUUCAGUGCCGUCGUGUCUUAACAACUUUACCGCCGUAGAGCUGAUGACGGGUCAAAACAAGGUCGGCUGCGAGAGCUGCACACGGCGUAUCAACGGCCCCGAUCCGCAAGCCAAAUCCGUGAAUACAAAUGCGACAAAGCAACUGCUGGUCUCCAGUCCGCCGGCUGUGCUAAUUCUACAUCUGAAGAGAUUCCAGUUGGGUCCGCGUUGUAUCUUCCGCAAGUUAACGCGGCCUGUCAGCUACACGGUCCUGCUGGACAUAGCCGCCUUCUGCGGCUCCAAAGUAAAGAACUUGCCCAACAUCGAUCGCAAACAAAAGAAGCUGCUGUACGCGCUCUAUGGCGUUGUCGAGCAUUCUGGCGGUUUAUAUGGCGGACAUUACACGGCCUAUGUGAAGGUGCGUCCUAAGGUGACGCCCGAUGAUAAGCGCUGGAAGUUCCUGCCGCAUGGCAGCAAGGCCGAACUAGAUCAGGACGAUGAACAGCUGAAGAAGCUUGAGGAACUGUUGGUCAAGGAGAAGGCGCGUGAGAUGCGCAUGAAUGCAAUGGAUGAUAGCGAUGAUUUUACCAGCUCAAGCAGCAAUGCAUCCACCUCAGACGAGGCCUCAUCCGACCUCAGUAAUGGCCCUGUCGAUGACGAUGCAGCUGCUGCCGCAUCUGAUUCUACUGCUGGUGCUGCGGGCACUGGCGCCUCAUCCGAUCAGACGGCGGGCAUGGCCAACGGUGAGCCCGAAGAAGCGGCCAAUGUGCAGCCACCGCCCGGCAAAUGGUAUUACGUAUCGGACUCGCGUGUCCAGGAGGUCAGCGAGGAGGCGGCUCUCAAGGCACAGGCGUAUCUGCUGUUCUAUGAACGCAUCUAUUAGAAACUGGAGACCAGCUCCAGCGGUGCAAACUGACCGCCAGCAUCGUUCCAUUAGCUUAGGAUAGAUAUUUGAAAUUUAAUUAUUUUUUUUAAUAUUGUUCCUGAUUGUUUUUGUUAUUAUCCUUAAAUUUUGCAUUUUGAACGCGUCGGCGCGUCAGCGACCUACAACGAAGCAGAUGGACUGAAAAACACGCAAAGGCUCAGAUCUAAAAAGUGGCAAGAAUGCAUUUUAUACUGUAUUUUCUCUCUUAUAAAGCUAUGGAUAGAUCAGCAGGCGAGAUAUAUGCCUAGGCAUAUAUAUGCAAACACAGAUACAAACACAUACAUGGAUGAUUGACUGAAAAGACACACACACAUAGAGACAGAAAACGGACUCAGAUCUAAAGAGUGGCAGUGGAAUGCAUUUUAUAUAAAUUUGAUUGAUAGACCAAGAGGCAAUAUGUAUAUGUAUAUGUAUAUGAAUGUACAUGAAUAUGUAUAUAUGUAUAUGUAUGCCUACACACCCACACACGACAGCGAUUUGGCACACACAAGAUAUGCAGCAAAAUUAUUUAGUUUAUUGACAUAACGAAGGUUUUUGAUCAUUUUCUUUUGGAUUUUGUCGUAAAAAUUGAACAUGUUUGCAACAUUAUUUUGAUAUGAUACCUUAAAUACAUAUACCACAACAAAAACAGAUAAUUAAAAUAAAUUAUAUU